UGGGUUUGCUGUAGCCGCAGGUAAUAGCCAAACACUGGGAGACUCUCGGCAACUCUAGACCGAGAAUAUCCCCUAAACCGGAUCGACACGAAUGAGUGUGGUGUUUUUGGAGUGAUACGCGGUCGUUUUCUACAGAAUUCAUACUUUCGUGGACGUGGACUCACCUGGAAACCCGUGGGCGGUCGAAAACCUGCCUUCUUUCUGUGUUUGCAGCUCUAUCACAGCAAAGUUUUCAACCGCAGACUUCCGCAGUUUGUUCGCCGAUCAGGUAUAUCUGGGAAUAAAAGACAACACGCCUGUUUCCUCUUAUGCGGUCCCAGGCUUUCUGAGCCAUGCCUGGCCACAGCACAGGGGCUCCCCAGGCGUCCCGCCACCAUAGACCCUCCAGCUCCAAAGCUGAUAAGUACAGACAGAGUCGGACUAUAUCUAGGGAGAGCACAGCCAGCCAGGACUCCUACAAGGAUCCUCAUGGGGACUAUGUGCACGAGCACCACAAUGACCACUCCCGUUACUCUGAGAACAAAUACAGUCGCAGCAGAGGACACCCCCGGAAUGGAACCGGACGGGGCUCGGAGACUAUAGGAUUUAUUCCCGGCUCGGCAGACAACGCUGCUGCCAGCAGACAUGCCUGUGGCUCCUGUGCAUCGGUGGGCUGGAGCAGCUGUAAGGCCCUUAUCUGCUGUGUACUAACCUGUGGAUUUUACGGCAGCCGAGAGCCCUGUCUGCCUGCUAACGAGAGCUCCACAGACCAUCCCCCUAAAGCAGGCAGCGAGCCCCACCCUCCUAAUGGCAUGUCUAUUUCCAAUCCCACCUGUGGCGUUCCUAUAGAGCCCAGCAAGUCCAUCAAAGGCUCCAAGCUGCCCACGAGCGACAGUUUCCGCUACCAGGAUGUGCGUAUUGCAGGACAGACUGUAAAGUAUCCAGUUGCUCCUCCUAAACGGACCCGAGCGCCCGGAAAGGGGGAAAACCAACGGCCGGUCAGCAACACAAGCUUGCUAUCUCGUGAGGACUAUGACUUAGAUGAUCUGAGUGACACAGGAACAGAUAUAGACUCUCUUAUUACUAAGAAGCUGCUGGAGCUCUACGCCCUUCACCAGAUCGACCAGCUGGCCAAGUGCACCUCCGACUCCUCUUUCUCCCGCAAGACCAAUGAGAUCAGUGAGCUCAUCUACAGCAUUGCUCAGGACUACAACCUGGAGGAGCAGGAGGCUGAGUGCAAGCUGGUGCAUGGAGUUAUCCGCAUCAGUACACGCAAGGGGAAAAGAAACAAGAGUCACCAGCCGUCAGUGCAGCGACCAAAUGGGAGGAAUGAUGGGACCCUCCCCGACAGUGGCAACGAGACCAUGAGCAACCCCUUACACAGUAGCGACUUUCCAGAGGUGAAAGUGUCGGAGCAGACGCCAUCAGAUGAACUGGCAAGGAAAAUGAGGCAUUACAGUGGGAGAACGUACUCUUCCAGCAGUGCCACAGUCUACUCACCCUACCUACAUGACACUGAAACUUACUCCUCAGGUGCCCCCCUGCUUCUCUGAAGAGAAAUGUCAAUCAAUUGAUCAAUCAGUCACAAGUACCUGUACUUAGAACAGCUGAAACCACCUAGAUGGACGACUUUAACCUUUUGCUAAUGCUGUUACUGAGUGAAGCACUUUCACUCUGGGUGGUUGUGUUUCUGUAUCGGUCAUGCUAAUGUUUGCUGUUCAGGUGACUCUAUUCAAAUUCAUGAACCUCUGUAAACGACCCCCUAAGGAAACUACUUCUUUAGAUAGAGAGAGACAGUCUGAGUUUCUAUGCAGUGUUUCAAGUUGUUUUCACAUCAGCAGUGAGCUACCCCACUUUAUGCAGUUGAGCAGUCAGGCCAGAGGAUUCGACUGAUGGUGGAACACAACCGUCCUCAUUCUUGUCUGAUUGUUUAUGUAAGCCAAAAUGCAUGUGCUGUAUGUGUGGGCUUAUUCAAACUGCCAUUUACACUCCUUAUUUUUAAAGUGAAAACACACUGGAUCCCACUUUGUGGUUAAGCCAUAUUUUGAUGUACAUAUUUUUAAGACAAAUGUUACUUCUUGGUUUGUUAAAACUUGUGUGGCAUUUGGCCACUUUUUUUUAUUCAGUGGUCUGUUCUAUUUUUUAACAAAAUAAAAAUGUCCAUGUUUGUUUAUACUGUUUCAAGUGU